CAGACAAUACAGCAGCUCGCGUUAUUUCGAUAGUUGAACGUUCUGGCAGUAGAUAGGCACUCCAGUACUGCUAUCUGCCAAAAGACUAAAUAGCCACUCAUGUAUCUCAUAAAACAUGGUAAAAUGACGCAAGAGCAUGAUUAACAAAGUUUAGUUAUAUAAUAGGUGUAGUGAGUCUCAGCGUUAUUUUGGCUAUGUUGUGUGUUGCUAUAUGACCGUGAGCGGUGUUGGCGUAAAACGCGGCAGUUGUAACAUGGCAUCAUUACGAAAAGCGACCGUUAUUUCAGUCCAAAGGGGGCUACAUGGAAGUAAAAACACAACAGAGCACUCACGUCAACAACCCAAAGAGCUAACUAAAAAACUAUGGAGUGAACUGCUUCCACGAUUAGAGUACGUGCUCAGCGACUGUGAUGGCGUUCUAUGGCAUUCAAACCUAGUGGUGUCCGGCGCUAGAGACACGUUUCGAAAACUGCGCGAAUACGGAUUAAAAGUCGGUUUUGUGACAAACAACAGCACGAAAUCGAAGGCCGGACUACUGGAUAAGUUCAAACAAAUGAACUUUCAAAUUACCCCUCGGGAGAUCUUUUGCGUAAAUAACCUUACUGCUAGCUACCUUCAAUCGAGGAAAGUCAAAGGCCGAGUGUACAUGCUGGGCACUGAGGCCCUGCAGAAUGAGCUUGAAGGGGCUGGCCUCAGAUGCAACCCCCCUGGUCCGGAUUUAGCCGAUGGCCAUCCACAAUCCUGGUUGGAUAUGAAAAUGGAUACUGACGUUGAAGCAGUUGUACUUGGAUUUGACUAUCAUUUCAGUAUGGCGAAGGUAUGCCGAGCUUGCACCUAUCUUGCUAGGCCGAACUGUCAUUUCAUUGCUUCCGAGGCUGAUGUUCGAGUGUUUGAAAAAAACAGCUCAGGUAUCGUACUUCCGUCCACAGGGGCAAUACUUGCUGCAAUAGAAGCAGCCGCAGGUCGACGCGCUGUAAUCAUAGGGAAACCGUCGACUACGAUGAUUGAAAUGAUUAGACGAGAGUAUCCAGAGAUACGAUCGGAUAACACGCUGUUCAUCGGAGACUAUCUACACACAGAUAUUGCGUUUGGUGCUAAAAACGGUUUCACCACCCUGUUAGUUGAAACCGGCAUGCACAGCCGUCACGACCUAACACAGGUUAAGGAUUCGUCACUAAAGCCGACGUUCUACACGAAGAGUAUUGCCGAUAUUUUCGCAUUUAUGCAAUAACUUACUGUGUCGCAAACAAUUUAUUUUCGCUAAUGCCACUCGUUGUACACCUAUCGCAGACUAAUAUACUCGACCUGACAAAGAGUUGCCGUAUCAGUUUCGCGGAACAGCCCGAGAUCAUUGGUUCCGCUAAAAUAUCAAAACACCAUAUGAGAACGUUUCAUGUACUUGUAUAUCAGUAGCUUACAGACGUGUCAACACUUGACGCCGCGUAUUGCGGUAAGAGCGUAUUACCGACAACAUGCCAAUAUCUAUACAUAAAGUAUGGUAAUAUAACUGUUAACCCAUAGGCUUCGAGCAGCCAACGCUAACAUCAACACUCGCCAUUUCGUAGCCAGCUGUAGAUACAUGUACAUAGAAGUAUAUUGAAACUGAUAGGAUCAUAACAUAAGAAAGAUUAGGCGUCAAUUUCGUAGGCUGAAGCUUUUAUGAAAAUUUAUGUGGCUCACAAAGCACCGUAGGGUAGUUCCGAUUCUCAAACUGUAUUUGGCUUGAAAGCUUUUGACCUCAAACGAUCAAGCAUGUACCAGAAAGGCGUUUAAUGACAAUCUAAUUUUUCAAUACUUCGUUCAUUCUUCUAUGGGAAGAAUGGUCACAGUUAAACAAUUUGUGUUCAAGAUGCUGGUAUGACUAUUUCAACAUGACACAUAGCGUCGAUAAGGAUGUGACCAGUCGGCCAAAUUAACCCAAAAUUACGUUGAAAUGGUGCUAUCUCAUUGUUUUUUAUUAGUCCGACGACGUAACACGGAAAAAGCGUCGUAGUUUAAAAUAAUUAGAAACUGGGCUUAUUUGAUGACCUCGAAUACAAGUACGCCUGAUUUUAUACUCAUGUCGGAUUAAAUUUUCUUCUGGGGCAAAAAAUAGUUCCCAUUCGUUUUAGUCUGCGGUACAAUCACAUCAUUGCAGUACGGCUAAUUUACCUUUAUGAACUGCGAAGGAUGAUAUGAGGUAAUGUUGAUAGCUUAUGCGACUCUAUAAUUACUAACACUUCUGUUGUUGAUUCUCGUUUGUGCGAUACUUGCCUUUUUAUCUAUGCUACUAUAAGCUUCUUGAAAAAAGCAAAUUUUAGGUGUAACCACCGAAGUUCAACUAUCUUCUACAACGACGCGGUUAACUCAAAGUUCUUUGACUGAGCCUAGGACUAAUACAGCUUACUGUUAUGUUGAUAUACGCCAACGCCACAUGACCUGUAUAUCCGAUAAAACCUGUAGUGUCAACAAGUGUCUAAGCCGGGCAGUGAGAAGACGAUAGUACUCAGGAAGAAACAGCGACGGCUUGAACGCUAGAGCUACAUCCGUCAUCUAAAAACUGUGGAAGCAACUAAAAGAUUUAUCUCAAACAAAAACUUACGGUGAACCGUGCGCGACUGCUGAAAUGUAUUAGGAAAUUGCUUUUCGGAACCUGAAACGGCAGGUCUAUGAAACCGCAUGGCAACGACUAGCCAACGCUGAAAUUUCGACCGCUGAUGGCGAUCUGUUCAUGGUUGCCAUGUCAGCGCACACUUGGAGGGAUCACAAGUUAACUCGUCUGAGAAAAUGAUAUUCAAAAUAAAUACAGACGUUCAAUUGGUGAGUUCAACGUAUGCUUCAUAAUAGAUUUCUGCAAUAAGCGAUAAUAAUGCCACUGAAUGAUGAAACAAUAUUUAUAUGCGUACAGAUGCUCGGAGAAGAGUCACUCGUCUGGGUCAGAUAGAACUUCGCUAAUGAAAUUGAAGAUUUACUGGAAUAGGUAUUUGAGAGGUCGUUCGAUAUAUUUGUUUCUUCCUUGUCAUUAGUGACAAAGAGGCUCUGUGUUGACCAUGUAUAUAUGGGAUCGUUUAUGAUUCUUAUUUAGUUUAUAGAUAAGUUUGUAUAUUGCGUAAGUUUUUCGAAUGGGUUGGAUUCAAAAUUUCGAAAACCAUAGGUAGCGUAAGAAGUUGUCGCCUGUUAAAAUUUUGCCAUUACCAAUUAAAAAAGUAGCGUUAUUUGCCGUUUGUUAGGCUUCAUGCAUUGCCAAUAACUUACUCGAAAAAUUAUUUCAAAACUGUCGUUUUUCAACUUGAAACUUAGAGACAGCGAAAUUCAUGCCGCAACUAAGGACACAGCUGUUGUCGAUAGACAUAGUGAACUUAUGGUUCAAUGUCCAAUUUUGUACAGUGGAUCUUAAUCCCACAUGGACAUUUUGCUUGGGAUGAUCAUCCUCAUUUUGGGUAAAAUUUGUUUGCACUCAUUGAAAAAAGUUUAUAAACUUUUUUGCUCAUUUUGAGUGCGUUCCUCUUCAGUACAAAGUGUCGUUCGCGGUACGUUUCUGAGUAGAGAUGACCCUACGGGGUAACUUUACGUUGCACAGCUAACGCAGUAAAAUGGAACUACGCACUUGUCCUUGAUUUGUCUUUGAGUAGAAAGCAUUAUUAUACAAUGUAAUUGAAAUCUUUCAUGCUUCCACUAUACUCACCCUAUUACACCCUCCGGCUGUUAGAUAUCCUGAAAUUUUCAAGAGAGCUUUGGCUCUCUUGAAAAUUUCAGGAAGGAUAGUAGGAAGGUAGUCAAAGAUCUCCUGUCAUUUCUCGAACGCCAAAAUGAACACUUCCAUAAAUGCAACAUUCAUUCUCUGUCGUAGCAGUGAUACAUAUUGAUUGAGCUCAGCGACUAUUGUUCAAUGAGAAUGAACUAUAUACAAUUUACAAAACAUGAGUCGCUUGCAUUUUUUACGGCCACACAACAUCGCGAGAGUGUAUAAUGUAAAGAUAAACGAAUAUUAAAAGCUUGUAACUUCUACUUUGAGUGUUUAUUAUCUAUUGCUUUUGGAAUAUGGCGGCAGUCCCAUACGUUCGAAACUGCAAUAAUUGAUGUUUAUUCUAUGUCGGUAAAAAAUGUCAUGGCGUUUUUUUGUUUCCCUUCACCAUUCUUUGUUUACCUCUAUAUAUUAGUCAAAAACCCGCUCCCUUUUCCCUCCAAAUCCGUUGCUAUCAGUCAGACCGUAAUUUAAAAAAAAAAAAAAAAAAAAAAACGAUCAUUUGAUGAUACUAACAGUGUGUUAUACACUAGAAGAUGAAAUAACGGAAUAGUCGAGAAAUAUCUCUAUAUGGAUUAGCUGCAUAAAGCGCAGCGAAAAACUCCCAUGAAGAGGCGCAGUAUCGUUCUAUACGACAUUGCCAUGCAGGGUCGAAGUAGGAUAAGACUUCAUCAAGCAAGGUAAAAAUUAGAGUCUUCAUCUUCCAGCAAGAAUGCAUGAUACCAUGACGAACAGGCAAGGUUAACUAUCUUUCCUACUAUCGAGCACAAAUACCUGUAUAGAUAUUCGUGUCAGUCUCGGAUACUUCUCGAUAGCAAUUAUGCACGAGAGCUUUGCACGAGCCACUAGAGUUAUUGAUUGCAACGCCGACAUCUAUUUUAUCUUCUUAUCGUUCAGCAAACAAUUUGAUAUACUAACAAUUUGGAACGGCUGAACCGUUUAGACAGAUCUCCCCCAUGGAACUUGGGUACGUUAUUCGUGUGUUUCAAGAUUACGCCUGUCCUGGUUAAUAGCAUACAUUUAAAGCGUUUCCAAGCUGAUCCAAGACUGAUUCAACGAAAUUUGAUAGAGUUUUUAAAUGAGCGAAAUACCUUUUCACACAAAACUCAUAAAGCCCACUUUUGCACGAUGGUGUUUUCGAAUCCAAGACAUGAACGCAAAAAGUUAUUAAUUGAAGCGCGUGUAAAAAAAAAUAAAUAAAAACGUCGCAUCUGUGACCUCCAUGCAUGAUACCUCGAAGCUGGGCCAGUGGUUACGACAAACGGUGUUUAUUGACGGCCAUCAUUCAACCUACUGCAGCAACGGUAUAAAUACGUAUACAACACAAUUCGGAUACGGAUAAGCCCGCAUAAAUGCAUUACUAAGCUGAACUUGAAUCUCGUAAUUGAAAUUUGUUACCGGAAAGUAAUAGAAUGGAUGACCUUACAUUGAAUCUCCACCAGGUGAUCCGCUACAUUGUCUAAUUGAUCGUUAGGAACCUGUCUUGCUUAUGACUAGGAAACGGGUACAAGGUAGAACAAUAUAAUGUAGAAGCUUAUAAAUGCAAUGUUCAAUUAGACAUAGUGUACUAAAAAACAAUAUACUGUUCUAAUUUCAUCCUCCCUGCAAGGGUAAACCUUCUGGUUCAUUUGUUCAGUUAACCUUAAUUAGGUAGGCAAUUAAGGAUAUUAUAAGCGAACGAACUGGUCUCCUUAAGGAGUAGUUUUUUUAUCUAUACAUAUUUCAGACAUGUUAGUGUUGGCACUGUCAAAUCAAUAGCAUACGACACGCAAACUACAAAUUGUAAUACGUCACCGUGAAAAGAUGAGAGUACCAUGUGUGAUUGUCAGGCUCAAGGACACAUGGUGGUGAAGGCUCGAAUCGGGGCAUAUACUUACUUUAUUUCAUGUCCGGACUUUCUGAAAUAAUGCGUAAAAACUUUAACAGAGGACAAAAAACACGAAAGACCUAUUUUCAGAGAUAAGUUGGUCGAAAGCGACGCUUGACGGUAGUAGUAUACGAAGUAUUCGAGAGACUUAUUCAACUUGAGUCACAAAGUUUUACUUGCGAUAUAUGCGGAUCAGAAGACAUUUCGGAAAAUUCAGAUGAAUACAGAUCGCCAAAGGAGUGUUUUUGGGUCGGGAAAUAAUACAGGAUGAAAUGCAAUUGAGAUAAAAGAUCUAUAUCUGGACGAAGAGCAUAUAUACGUAUAACUUUGCGCACGGUUCAGCGCUGGCAUAAUAUACCCGUAUAUCGAGAAAAUACACCUUACCCACGCGAGCAUGUUGCAACAAGAAGCUGGCCCUGUUACUAUUUUUAUUAACUCCCCUAGCGGUAAAGUAUAGCCUGGCUGUUGAAUUGCUUACGAUUAAUAAAUGCUAUGCUACACGCGUGACGAAAUAAAGGAUUUUGUAACAAUGGAUCAAUCACAAAUGGUAGUCGUCUUAAGAUUAUAAAUAAAGUUGUACAAUUAUCAUAAUCAUAGCUAAUUUAUCUCUGCGUGGAUAUCGGGUUAUUGAACACAAUCUGAGCCUAUAUUUUCUUUCGGUUUGAGAACAGAAUCAAAGGAAGCUCGAGACAAGCCCAGGUUCCACAAAAACAGGUUUGGCUAUUUGAUAUUCCGGGUCUCUCAUGAUGAUCUAACUUUAUGAUUUAAUAAAAUGUACUUUUUGGCGUUACAACAAUUUAGCUGUCGAGUAAAACGUGUAUUAAUGAAGGCACAAAAUAGAAAAUCUACUUCGAAUGGGUCACGAUGCCAGGACAAGCUCAGUAAAAUUGUCUGAACAGGAAGUAGAGUCUACUAUUGUAGUUGUUGUUUCCACAUUUUGAGCUAACGUCCCGUCUGUGUAGCAAGCACGAUAUCUCUAUCUAAAAUACCAGGUCAAAUCGGUCACAUAGAGAACAUUCAACAGAGACAGUUCCGAAUGAUCGAAUGCAUACAAAUAUCAGGAGCUGUUCAUUACUAAAGAACCUAUAAAACAAUGAUUACCUUAUUUCUACGAAGCAAGAAUCAUUAAAGACACCAUAGGGUCUAUGGCAGUUACGACAACCACGUGCCGAAUAUGCUCUCAGUAUUUCUGUCAGCAAACAUUUCAUCGUAGAGCCUAUUCCAUAAGUCUAAAACAGGCUUUAAUAAAGGACCCCACUAACAGCAUGACCUGAAAAUAAUCCAAACUAUCCCUUUGCGACAUUUUUAUUGAUAAGAUCUGACUGCUUCUUUUGACGAACUUUGCACUGUCGUCAAGUUAAACGUAUGUCCCUUUAUAAGCAUGUACGUUUAACUUGAACACACUUGAAUACCUUGGAAUUUUAUCAAUAUUUCAUUCUGUAACUAUGGCGUUUAUAUAGGUUUUAGUGUGGUUAAAUUGGUCUUUGAGAACGAUACGUACAUUAUUACUGAUCUGCUUCAGUUUAGGGGAUCAAAGGCAGCUUGUGCGUGUGCCAUUGCUUGUUCUAUCUAUAACACGGCUCCUCACCGUUCAAUUUUAUCUAGAUCUAGCAUAGACAAAACCUGGCAGUAGAUGACUACAGCCUAUCAUGUUUAACGGGCUCCUCUACGAAGAGAAGCCUUUUCCUCUAGCUUUGUUAGAUGAUUGAUUGAUCCCUUUGUACAAAGUCACAUCUGGCUCAUACAGAUCUUCAACUGAUAUUUCUCAUGAACUUUAGUGACCCCGCUUGGGCCUAAUAAUGGAAGAGUUUUUGGCCAAUUCCUUAAUACAAUUUCUCCACUUUCAUAUCAUCGGUUGUUUUCAACGGUAGCGUUAAGCAAAUUGUGGCCCACAUAGCCUUACCUGGCCUUAUAUUAUUAGUUAUGUAUUUAGCACUUUUUUUUUGCCGUUACAAAACUAACAAAGGCAUAUAUACUUCAUCUUAAAUGUCCCUGAUGUUCAAGAAUAACCAUAGUUUAAGUAGCGACGGAUAAUUAUAUAGUGACAAUGCAAAAUUUGAUUCUAGUCCUAGUAGUAGGUACCAUUCAAGUUGUUUUUGAUAAUACGUUCAUGAUUCAAAUGCUGUGUUAUAGAACAGAACGAAAGUUCUUUAGACGAAGAGUACACUUAUAUGUAACUGAGCUUAUAUAAAUAGUUAAUCUAUGUUUGCGCGAUCAUUGCUAUAAUGAUAUUGCCAUGAUAAUUUAAGAUUAAAAAAAAAACUUAAAGACAAGUUAUACAGGUUACGCUUGCCACACGAAUGUAGUACUGCCUACAAUAUCAAGCAAGUAAUAUAUUGGCAGUUUGAAGAAAUAAGGACACACCAUCUGUUCCUUCCUUUAGGGAAUGCUUAUCUUUAAGGUUUUUUAACAGACGCAUAUAACCUGAUUUAUUGAAUAAUAUCUACCACGCUGGAAAAUCUAUAAAAACAGAACCUAUUCAAUUCAACCAUGGCUGCUAUUAUUUUAAUUACUGCUGCUUCUGCGAUGGGUAAUGCUAGCUGGGGUUUGGAAUGGUAUUGGUAAUAAUGUGUUCGUUGUCAAAGUUUGCCUCUUUUAUCUCUUCUCCUGAAUUACCUAGUUCCCACUUGCGUGUUAGUUAUUCAUUUUCCCUUGAUCUUUCUACUCCACUUGUUCUUUAUAUAUGCGUCUACACUUUGGAAGGACAAGGCAUUGCCGUCGGACUUUCGUAGUCAAGAGGCGCGAGAUAACCACUUCCCGUAUAGGUUGGCAGACUGGCCAGCAGCCAAAGCGUACGCCCGAAGCCCGUUCGUGAUAACUGUGGCAUUAUGGAAAUGGUCAUCGUCAACAUUAGCUCAAACAGCUGUAGCAAAAGCUACACCGCCUAUGCCCUAGCUUGGUUUAGUUUUAGUGACUAAUGAAAGAUGGUGCGACUGGGUCGACAGCUGUUGCUGAAGAUUUCGUCCCAAUUUCGAUACUAUAAGCGAGAGCAAUCAAGAGCCUACCAUCUUUAAGGACCUACACACACCAACAUGUACUAUAACUCGCGGGCGUCUUAUAUGGAGAGAUAGGGAAACGAGCAUGCUGUGGCUGCUGAUCAUAACGUACUAUUAAGUUGAUCGUCUGGUGUGGCGGAACCGACCCAAUCUUGGCUACUUCUCUAUUUAGGAUCAUAGAUGCACUCCUCUCCGACGUUAUAGUUAUCGUUAGUGGGGGCAAGUGGAAAAAUGACAAUGUGCAGUGCUUUUCUUAGGUAAGAAAAAUACCGUCAAUCGAUAUCGGUGUAAAGCUAGGGCACUGGAAAGCUGAAAAUUCUCCUUGAGGUAUAAAAGAAAUAAGUCAGAUUUACGGCAAUAGCGUACGUUGGCCAGAAGAAAUGGCAGUACGUAUUACGAGUGGCUACUACGGGGCAAGAUAGUUUGGCGAUGAUCGAUUUAUUUACAAUCUUUCAGAAACAAAAUAGUAAUUUAAUUGUGUGGAACACCGUGACGGCACGUCACUUACAUAGGAAAUAGAGGACUUGUCUGAGAAAAAAUAACCCAAGAGGCUGUAUUAGUUCCAUAUGUUAUGUACAUAUGCAACGUAAACAUUUGGGCAAAUUUUUUUGCUGUGAGUGUUUUUCUAGAAAGCAGCUCUGUGUUCCGUUCACUUUUUCUAUCACCGCAUGAAAAACGCAAAGGAGUUAUGCCCUAAGGCUACCGAUAGUUAACUGCCAAUAAAGAAUAACUUUUAAAAAGUGUACCUGUGGAAUGAUCGAUAUUCGAAAUUCUUUAGUGGAGUAUUUGGGAAAAUGAGGUAAUGUUGUAACGUCGCAGGAGAACAUCUAAUAUAUAUUGUCCUCGUAAGGAAAGGUAAUUAAUCAACUUUGUGCAAAUAUUGUCACCGCAAACAGGUGGCAGAUGCAGACGAAGUACUGCUCAUAGGAAUCGAACCGACACAGGGUGCCGUUUUCUCAUCGAUUUCUGUCGAAGGACUGAGCCUAUUGUUUCGAGGCCGACUGUUUGCCAAAAUAUCAUAUUGCAGCCUAGGGGAGUAUUGCACCAUAUAACGCGUUUUGCCCCGCCGUAUUCAGGGUUAAAACGGACGUCGUCGUGUGCUAUAGGUUGCAAUAGGUAUGGUGCGCUGCGUCAAUCACCAGCCAAUAAAUGGCGUAAGUACUCAAGGCCAACUGAUGGUAAGUGGCCUUGGCCAUUGCAAGUGGUCGUCGGAUGAACGCAGUUCCGUAGCUGCUAUACUACGAAAUCGUAUGAGAGGAAUCCGAUGCUGCAGCAGAUACACGUCCUUGCCCGUCUAACAUUUGAUGCCUCUCGAACGCCUACCUUGACAAGUUAAAAAUUUUCCGACACGAAUAUGAAGACUCAUGACGCCUUCGGCUAGGAGGUGUCAGCUAACCUCGACCGAUUGACAGGCUUCACAACGAGAGCGUCGCGAACCUGUUGCCAAAGCGGACGCACAUGCAGACGUACGGAAGCUGUCGAUUGUCCUGAUUGGCCGAGAAUCGCUGUUGGCUGGAGCUGGCAACGACUUCGGCCUGAACAGGAAUCUAGCGCUGAUGAAAAAACCAACAUGCGUUACAGACAUGGAUUAUGUCUCUCGUCUCUAGCAUCGUUCUAUUCCAGUGCUUUAUGUUUUCAGUUCAUUUUCAGACGAACUUGAUUUACAUAGGUUACAUUUUUUUGGUAAAUUUAUGUUAAUAUUACGUUGAUGACUAAGAGAUUUCACUUUAGAACUUAUUGGGUCAUAUACAAGGGUGCACCUUGAAGCUAAUAUGACUCGCAGGUGUUGAAAAUACUAAUGAAAUAGCCCAGGUCCUAAGUAUGCUCUCAGUAUAGUAUCUAUUUUCAUCUUGCUUCAGCAGUAUUUUACCGCUUCAUUUGACAAACGUGAAUGCUAGUGGUUGGACGAUCAUUGAAGUUCUAGUUCGAUUGUCGCAGCAACUUCCUCAAGUUAGUUUGUUAUUAGUUGAUCGUUUCUUCUAGCUUGAAUAUUUAGACUUAUUGCUUCUCAAUGAAUAGAACGAGUUCAAUGGUUCGGAAAUGCUAAUUUGUCGAUUUCACCAGAAGCUUCCGUUUGUCCAAUCACUGCAGGACCUGCUGUUUGAAGACCAUUGUUUCGAUGUAUAUUACUAUAGAUUUAGUUUAUUAUAUACUAUCGAUAUGGGAUAUUCUUGUGUCUGAAGCUAGAAAGUUGUGGCCAACGAUUAUCGUUUCCGUGCCCGUACUAUGCAAAUCUUUCAUAGCAUUCAAUAGUUUCGCUAUCGUUUACUAUCUGAGUUUGGGAUCAUAGUCCUCAUAAUUGUCGAAAGUACAAUUUUAAACUAGGUCGAAAUCUGCUACAGGGUGAGCCGUCGAAACUAGUUGGCCGUGUGAAACACGUGCUUCGAACGCUGCUACACUUUCACAUGAACAUAAGCACCGUUAGUUACACCGAACGGCUUAUGGACCUCUCAACUGCUUAAACAUUGAGUCUGCUGCCUCCUGACAUCUAGCCUAUGCACACUUGUUUGUCGAGUUCUCUCCGUUACCUUUACAUUAUCCGUUACGCUACCGAAGAUCUUCCUCUUAUAACAACACCGGUACCAUCGUACAGCAUCUGGUAUCUAUAUAUAUAUAUAGUUUCUUUAAAUUGUUGCUAUUAAACAACAAUAAAAAUGUACAUGUAUACUUAUUCAUGUUAGCAACAAUGGAGCCGUCGUAUGUGGUGAUUAACGGCGAUAUCGGACGUAGAACUCGAAACAACGAGAGGCUGCUUGGUGUACAACAGAUUAGAUCCGUUAAUAUUUCGACAGUCUGAUAAUUAGAAAUGCAACGGAUUGCUGAAACAUUUCAAGGAGGAAACUGGCUCGGGAUGACUCCCGACGUAUAUUAAUGUUCGUUAGGCUAAGUACGGCAUUAUUAUUGAAUCAAAUUAAUAGGUCUGCUACUAUUAUAUUACCGCAUGGAAUAAAUGACAAGAGGUGCUAGACUUGAAAAACAUCUCCGUGAGAAGCCGAGAAUAACCGUGUAAAGGUAGGAAGUAUCGCUUGCUCGACUAUGGUACCAUUCUAUAAUUCUAACAAAGUAACGACGUUAAUGACAAAUUCUAACGAGAGGACUAGAUCAUUUUUGCAGGGUAAUAGAAACACUGUCUCAAUGGGUUAACGGAACUACUCGAGUUCAGCAAAGCCUCAGAAGAACUGAAACUCGAUAAUUAUGUUGGUCUGCAAUCGAGCAGUGAUGGCAGUUGGUCGGAAUGUAACAUAAAUCGAAUCUGUGAACGGGACAUCAUGUUUCUGAACGAUAACGGGAUGGGCGGAGGAAGCUUACGUUAGGCUGAAUCUAACGUCAACUAACCUCAGAUGAAUGAAAGCAACGGCAAAGAACAAGAGUAACCGUUAGCCAGUCGAAGAAAUCGACAUGAACUGACUGAUUAUAACGAAACAAAUACGUUCUGCGGGAUUAAUGCAGCAACGUAAUCAGGUACCGGAACGACAUAGUUGACGUAAUAAGGUGAUACCUGACGGGGCCUUUAAAACAAGCAAAUUAAUUAAGGAAAUAAACGAAUAUGUACAAAGAGAUAAGACAAUGACUGGAUUAACAAUAGAGGUAUAGAUCGGCAGUCUAUCUAAAAUGUAUAUAUAUAGAUAUACAUAUAUAUGUAGUGUGAAGCAAAAGUUUCUUGACGAUAUAAACAAAUCGAUCGCCUGUGUCGAUCCGGACUUCUUCCAGCGGAUCACUAGAAGUAAAGUCGUUAGAAUGAUCGACUUUCAUCGAUGGCAUAAGAAAUUCAUAGAAUAUUAUUAUUAUUAUAUUGGAUUGUUACAAACACCGCUCUUUAGGGGUUCAUGAAAGAAUCCGUUUGUAUAUUACGUUUCUCGUUUCGUUCCUAAGUCAAAGCAGAUGUUUGUCUUUCGGAAGAGCCGAGAAACGCUGCUACAGGAAUCCAACAAGGAUCAUUAUUUCUGACCACGGAAGCCUCCAGUUCCCCUUCAUGCAGCGUAGUCAAUGCUGCCCGCGCUAUCUCUGCGCCAAAGCUCAACCCAUCUACGUAUAGAUACGCGUAAACUGUAAUGUGGCGAGCAAGAAAUGCAUUAGAGUGAUAAUAUUGUUUUGAUAUCGGCUAGGUGGAACGUACAUGUUUUGGUUAAGGAAGGCUAAACACUGGCUUUGUCCAGACAAGUCCUGCAAUCCGCUCCUGACACAUAGCCCUUUUGCAUGCUCUACCACAAAAGAAUUGAUCACAAUUGUUACCCAGUGUGUAUCGAAUAAGUUCGAUUACUUUAUACAACGCUUAUAUACGGAUAAGCGGCCUUACGAUUAACGAGUGCUCGAUAUUAUGAAUUAUCAUAGGCGCCUACCAGUGCAAGAACGCUUACAAUGCAAAGAGGCAUCAUCCUAGAACAGGAACUAUAUGAAUUCGUGCUUAUUAUGUCUUGUCAAAAGUUUGCUGCUUUCCCCUCCGAUCAACUAACUUAUGAACUCAAUGUAUGUUAGCUUUAUAGGUAGUUAGGUAUCCUGCUUAGUAAAGUAACCUGCUUGGUUUAGGCUAGUUCCAAAUAAAUGCACAAAAAAGGACUUCCAGACAUUUGACUAAACAGAUAGGCUGAUGGCGAGGAAAUUUGUUUUUUACGAGCGUAUGCACCGAGGCAUACCCUGAACUGAAUCCGCAGCCUGAUUUCUGUAAGAUUAACAUUUCACCUUUAUGUCAUCGCAAGAACGCAGGCAAACAGCAAUCGAGAUACAGCUUUGCAGGAAUCGACUAUCCUUUGACCAAAGACACAACUAAGCAGUUAGAGGCCAUAACUAAAUUUUAUAUAUAAUGGGGUUGAAGCCUGUAUGAAGCUUUAUAAUUAAUGAUGACAAUAUUAUUACCAGACGAGAUAAUAAACGCUUGGAGACAACUGAACAAGUUAGGUGAAGCAGUUUUAAUUUGCUAAGAAUGGGUUUGCACUAUAGUCACCUUCUUGCUUAUAGUCAGAGUAAUAGUUUGUCUAGUUAAUAUGUGGGGCGAGCAUUAUGUAUGCAGAACUACUAAUUAGAGUAAAAUAUUAUUUAUGUAGCUGUUUACCGUUAGCGCUGCUUAAUGCUGGAUCCCAUCAUUUAAUCCGCUUCCAGGACAAAAAAAAUGAAGCAAGGUUUUUUCAAUGUGCUUUUAAAUGAGGCAUUACCUUACAACAUUUCGAACUAUGUAGUAACUUUCUUUAUUGUUCUGACCCGUAGGCCAUAUCUAAAUAUUUAGAACAUAUCUAAAUAUAUAGAACUUAGAGUCUAUGCGUCCUUAACUUGAACACGGCGCCAUAUUUGGUGUUUACAGGAAAAACUGUCAUUUCUUUAAGUACUGUUUUAGUGGGAAAAUCGGUAAGGGCCUAUGGAAGUUAGCCCAGUUCGUUGAAUAAGCGAUCGGUCAACAAACGAGCCUAGUAUAAUUGAGAUUGCCGUCAGAAUGCAUGGGCCCUCCCUUACUAUCUCUAACGAUAUGUAAAAAUCGUGUAACAAUGAAAGUAAUCGUAAAAAAAACGUAUCCUAAAGGUUUUGUAAACGAAUCUAGCCCGGUCUUAUUAGUAGACAACAAGAGUCUCAUUGAGUUAUUUUGAAUCAACACAACAAAGCGAGCUGAAACAAAUCCGAGUCAAACUUAACCUAAAUCAGGCACCUUCUUAGUUCUUACUGAUCGCUAGUCUUAAAGGUACUAUCACAUCUUUUGUGAUAGCACCUUUAAGACUAGCGGUCAGUAAGUAAGUAAUCCCUAAGACAAAGGCGACAUCUUUGUCAUAACUUAUCUUUGUCGAAAUGGAACAAAAACAAAAAAAUAUUCUGAAACAUUCAGACGUUUAGUGCUUUUUGGGAUUCAAGACACCAAAAGCAAAUUAGAGUAUAUGUUCCAUUUUAUUACACUUUAAUUAUUUGCUCAUCUGUUGUUUGUUUAUCACAAAAUAUACUAAUUUUAAUAUUGAUUGAUUUUGUAUUUAUUAUAUUAUUAUUAGAGAAUAAUUAUAGUAAUGAUACAGUGUAAUGUAACUAGUUUUAUUCGCAGUAUUUGUUGCUUGAAAAACCUUGCCUUAUCUAUUUCAUUAUGGUCGGCAUCUCUUCAUGUUGUUUGUCUUCCGUAUAAAGUAUUCACGUUCAAAUUGGUUCAGCCUGUUUUACUUGUGCUACAAUUCUUUCCCGCUGUACGAUAUUCUCUCUUUUUUUUUUUUCUCUUUCUCUCUAUCUAUCUCUUUCUUUUUCUUUCUCUCUCACCGACUGACUUUCUCGCUUUUUUUGUCUAUACCACUUGUAAUGAUUGCAUUGUUCAUUUUACAAGAACGCCCUGCUCUACACAGUCCAGGUUUGCUCACUAACAUACAAUUAUGUGAUGAUGAAACUCACAAAAUGUAGAUGUGACAGCUCGUGUUAUUAUUUAUAGGGAACCUUGCUACAAUCUGCUUAGUGUUUACUUAAUUAUAAUGAAACCAAUCUAGCUAGGCUCCUGAAAGACAGGCAGUGCUCGUUAGAUCUCUUUUGCUUGCGUGUAUGGAUUUCGUAGUUACAGCAUUGCUAUCGAUCAAGGCCGAGUGCCCUGAGGAGACAACUUCACUGCACAAAAUUUGCUAUGCGCCUGUUGCAAUCCUAUCGCAUUUUGGAAUGAUGUCCUUUGGAAGACUUGAGUGAUUUUGUCUGUGUGCCUUCUCCCGAAAGACAUCGGUGCUUUCGAUGGCGCCGUCGAUUAUCGCAGAACAAUCUGCGAACAACUAUGUUAACUAAACAAUACACAAUAUAUUAAUCAGUGGUGCGCGAUGUUAUUCCGCAUUCGUUCGAUCUUGGUUUUCAGUCAUUUCGGAUCUAACAGCUUUCAGUUAAUAAUGUACAUGUAUCUAAACGUAUUGCUUAGGCUCCUUGGAGUUCAAAUAAUAAUAAUAAUAAUU